AUGUUUGUCAGGUUGGGUGCGCAAACUGCUCGUAAUGGUGUCGCCGUGACGAGAAACUACGCGACGCUUAGAGAGAUCGAAAUGCGUUUGAAAUCGAUCAAGAACAUUGAGAAAAUCACCAAGACUAUGAAAAUUGUCGCGUCGACGCGUUUGGCCAAGGCUGAACGUGCUAAGGCCAGUGCUAGAGAGUAUUCUGCAGCUGAGCGUGAAUUCUACAAGAGUGCCGGUACCAAAGAACUAGAAGCCGGUGAGACCUCCCCUCCAAAGAGUUUGAUCAUUGCUGUUACGUCCGACAAAGGUUUGUGUGGUUCGAUUCAUUCGCAAUUGGCCAAAGCAGUGCGUAAUGAACUUAAAACCACCCCUGACGCCGAUGUGGUCGCUAUCGGUGACAAAGUCAAGACGCAAUUGCUAAGAACUCACGGCAAAAACGUCAAACUCGCUUUCAGUGGUGUCGGGAAAGAGGCUCCUACUUUUGAAGAAUCCGCUUUGAUCGCCAACAAGAUUUUGGCAAAUGGUGGCGCCAAUUACUCUAAGAUCAGUAUUCUCUACAACGACCCUAUUUCUUCGAUUUCUUUUGAACCCAGAGCCAAAGACGUGUUUCCAGCUGAAACCAUUGCGCAAUCUCCCUCUUACGCCAAAUUCGAAAUUGACUCUGAUGCCAAAGUACCUACAGAUCUUUUCGAAUUCACCUUGGCUAACCAGAUUUUGGCUGCUAUGGCCGACGGUUAUGCUGCCGAGGUUUCGGCUAGAAGAAACGCUAUGGACAAUGCUUCCAAGAAUGCUGGUGACAUGAUUAACAAGUACUCUAUCUUAUACAAUAGAACCAGACAGGCCGUCAUCACCAACGAAUUGGUUGAUAUCAUUACGGGUGCCUCUUCCUUGGGUUGA